AUGCGAGAGGUUCCAGGCGACCUGAGGGCCAUUCCGCCUCUGACAGGCGAGGCGAGCGAGUCCGCGUCCAUUCUGACCUUUUCGCCUUCAUCCGUUUUUGAGGCGCCUCAAAAACAGGCAUCCGAUUUUGAGGCGCCUCCCAUUCUGACGUUUUCGCCUUCAUCCAUCCGAUCCGCCCAUGGUGCCGCCGCAUGGGCUCCGCCUAUGACGACUCCCUCGCCUCACAUCACAGCACCACCCAUGCCCCAUCGCCAGGCAGCCCCCAGAACCUCACAACCUCUUCAACCCUCCCUUACCCUCCUCCCCCUCCCCCAUCCCUCCCUCACGCGCCCUCUUCCCCUCUUUCCCCUCUUUCCCUCCCCUCUUUCCCCUCUUUCCCCCCUUCCCCUCUUCCCCUCUUCCCCUCUUUCCCCUCUUUCCCCUCUUCCCCUCUUCCCCUCUUUCCCCUCUUUCCCCUCUUCCCCUCUUUCCCCUCUUUCCCCUCUUCCCCUCUUUCCCCUCUUUCCCCUCUUCCCCUCUUCCCCUCUUCCCCUCUUCCCCUCUUCCCCUCUUCCCCUCUUCCCCUCUUCCCCUCUUUCCCCUCUUCGCCCACCAGCCCCUUCACACCACCCGCCUGGCACCACUCGAACCCCCCGAGCUGCGCUUAGGCUCCGUCUGCCCGCUGCAAGGGCUCGGCUCGGACAAUUCCCUCUCCUCGCAGCACCACCUGCUGCCCCGUUUGGCAGGAGGCCGGGAGUCCCCCCUGUAACCACCACAAUUCUCCCCUUCCCCCCCCCCUGCAUCCCCCAACUCCCCUGA